AUGCGGUACUAUGAGCAGCGCUAUCCGGAGGUGGACGAGCUGGUCAUGGUCCAGGUCCGCCAAAUUGCGGAGAUGGGUGCAUACGUGAAGUUGCUCGAAUAUGAUAACAUCGAGGGAAUGAUCUUGCUCUCCGAACUGUCGAGGAGACGUAUCCGAUCGAUACAGAAACUCAUCCGGGUGGGCAGGAAUGAGGUCGUGGUCGUGCUGAGGGUGGACAAGGAGAAGGGUUACAUUGAUCUGUCAAAGCGCCGCGUGUCCCCCGAAGAUAUCACGAAGUGCGAGGAACGCUACAUGAAGUCAAAAAGCGUAGCCUCUAUUAUGCGGCACGUCGCCUCCAAGAUUCCAUCCGUCCCCAGCAAGGGGGCCGAAGAUACGGGCGCGAGCGAGGAGGAGCGUCUCGAGCAGCUAUACGAGCAAAUUGCAUGGCCAGUCGGGAAGAAAUAUGGCCACCCAUACGACGCCUUCAAGCUGGCUCUCACUGAGCAAGAGACCGUCUUUUCUUCCCUCUCCGCUCCCGUCCCCGAGAACCCCAUCAAGCUCCGUGCGGAUAUCGAGCUCACCUGCUACACCCCCGCGGGUAUCAACGCCAUAAAGAAGGCCCUCCGUGCGGGUGAGAAGCAGAGCAGCGAGGCGGUCCCCAUCAAGGCGAAGCUCGUCGCGCCGCCACUGUAUGUCCUUACCACCAACGCUACAGACAAGUACGCUGCUGUGGAUCGCCUCGAGCGGGCAAUAGAAUCCAUCCAGACGACGAUCGAGGACAACGGUGGUUCGCUCCUGGUCAAGAUGAAGCCAAAAGCCAUUUCCGAGACGGAAGAACAGGAAUUUGCACAGAUCCUGGCCAAGGCCGGGCAGGAGAAUGCCGAAGUGUCGGGCGACGAGACCGAGGAGGAAGCCAUCUAG